CAAACACUAGCAAGCUCUCGUGCCAGAAGCAUCAUCCGUCAGAGAGUGCGUAGAGAAAGAAAGAGAGAAAGAGAGUAGUAACGAUAGUUUACACGCGACUUUCAAACAAAUAAAAUGUUGACGUCCUCGUCGAGACCUAUCAAGUGAUCGUUCUAUUAAUAAUAAUAAAAGCUCGACGAGGACAACGAGUUGGCGCGCUCGUGCGCGCCCCAAUCGUGACAGUGUGUAGUGACAGACCUCGAUCGUUUAGUGUGUCGUGGCGUGGUUAAACGAUAAAAGAAGAAAAAAACGGAAGAAAAAAGGAAGGAGGACGCGACUUUUAUGUGAUUACGAUUUCAGUGUGCGACGAGCAGUGUAUGGACGAUGUGUUCCGGAGAUGAUUGGGAAAUUUUGAAGUUUCCGUUUCGCGAGUGCUUACGAGUCUCGGACGAGGUUCGAUCACGCGCGUUUCGAAUCGAAAGGAUGCAGCGAAUCUGAUUUCGACGAUCUACUUGGAGCGAGCAGGAGAUAGUUUUCAUUAGGUCGUUGCCAAAGUGGGGAAUCCUUCGGUGAGGCGUACGAUAAUCGUACGAUGAUGCCGCUCGCGCCGACGCCAAUCGUCCCGGUGCCCUCGAAGCCAAAGAUCGGCUUCAGCAUCGACUCGAUCGUCGGUGGCGGAGGUGGUGGAGGUGGCGGUGGUGCCGGUACUGGCGGCGGUGCUGGUGUACAGGCUGGCCGAGUCAUCGAGGAUCGAAUCACUGGGAAAGAUCGUUUGGAGCCUCGAGUCGAGAUUGAGCGAGAUGACGGUAGUCCGAUGGAGCUCGUCGAUGCUUCCUCAUCGCCAAAGUCACGUCGUAUCGCAGCGAGAUCACCCGGUGCUCAUUCCGAAGGUUCUGAUCGACCUGUCUCUCGUAGUUCCUCCGUCGAAUCGUACACGAAUAAUUCGCGAAGGACACCGUCUCAUGCGACCACCGGCAAUAAUAAUAAUCAUCACCAUCAUCAUCACCACCAUCAUCAUGCGAAUCAUCACGGACAUCACCAUCAUCAUCAUCAUCACCAUCUUGGCGGCAGCAAUCAGUUGGAUUUUGGUAAGAGUACCGUUCUCAGUCACAGUGGUGGCUCCACUCCGAACGACAGUCCGAGUCCACCUCAUAGGAUAGCCGGACACGGUGAUUCACCUGUAGGAUCUCAUCCUCAACCACCUCCUGGUGUUGUGAGGCCAAGUCCAAACUACCUAGCACCACCGCCCGGUGCCGUUACGGCUGCAGCAGCCGUCGCAGCCGAACAGCUAAAAUCUCUUUAUGGUAUACCACCUGGACACGGACCGACGGCACCUCAGACCGGUCAGAACGAAUAUCAUACGCAACAACUCGCGCUCGCUGCCAACCUUGCUGCCGCUCAGCACUUCCAAGCGGCAAAUCUCGCGGUUGCUCUUCAAGCGCAUCACGGUGCUUCUCCGCAUGCACCACCUCAUGGACCAUAUACGCACGGUGCCGCACCAGCUGGUCCACAUCCUCCGCCUCAUACUCAUCAACCAGCGAGAGACAGUUAUCCUCUUUAUCCGUGGCUACUCUCCAGGCAUGGCAGGAUCUUCCCUCACAGAUUUGCAGCUGGUCCCGACAUACCUGGCUUCCUUCUGCAACCCUUCAGAAAACCGAAAAGAAUAAGGACUGCGUUUAGUCCGAGUCAACUGUUAAAGCUGGAACACGCCUUCGAGAAAAAUCAUUAUGUUGUCGGGGCGGAAAGAAAGCAGCUAGCGCAGGCGCUAUCGUUAACUGAAACGCAGGUGAAGGUAUGGUUCCAAAAUCGGCGAACGAAACAUAAGAGAAUGCAGCAAGAGGAGGAAGCAAAGGCGCAACAGCAGUCUGGUGGUGGUGGAGGUGGGGGUGGUGGUGGUGGUGGUGGUGGUGGUAACGCAAAUAACAACAGUAAUAAUAAGAACACCCAUCACGUCAGCAAAUGGCAACAAGAGACGGGCGAUUAUCAUCACGAAGAUGAAGAGGAAGAAGAGCAAAUUGAUCCCGAGGCUGAGGAGUGUUCAAGCGAUUCUGAAGCGUAGCUAGACGUUCUCUGCCUGGACUAAGUUUCCAGGAGUACAAUGUUUUGCUAGAAAAAACGAAAUAUUUCGUUUUAGGAAUUUUGUUCUUAACAAAAUUCCUAAACGAAUUCUUCAUGAAGAAGAAUAUGGCUGUUCGUUCGUCAUACUAAGGAAUGAUAACGGGUCAAAGAUUUUCAUGAUAUCUUGAUGAAUCGAUUAAUUGACUUUGAUGAUUUUUGCUAAGAAAAAGAAGAAGAUUAGACAUUUACGAUCGUAUUAUGUAGAGGAGUAGAAAGACACGCGACUUCUCGCAAGAUGGAAAAAGAUGAGGAAUGCCAGAAGAGAAGAGGGUUGAAAUGGGCUGAGUCGGAAGUCAACUAAUGGAGGUAUUGUUCGCGAUGGUCGCCGAGAUUAAAUGGAGAUACUUCCGCCGCCGGAAGAAACGGACUGGACAAACGAAUGAGGAAAUCACAAGAGAUCGAACAUCUUUUGUCCGUUGAAAAAUCUUUCUAAGGGUUGCUGCGGAGUAAUCGUGGAAAUUGAAAUCGAUUUUCUCAUGAUCGUUCAUUCUAUUUUUUGAUUCACUUGUACUCUUUUCUUUUGUUUUUUUCUUUUUCCUUUUUUUCUUCAGAAUAUUUUCUUUCGAACACGUUAAACUGAGGGAACAAAAGUAGGAAAUAAAUAAGUUCCCGUAAGUUAAAAAUUUCGCUUUUUUCUGAGAUAAACAAGUUUUCGUAAGUUAAACAUUUUCUGAUAUACGCAUUGUAUUUUCAUAAUGGUUAUAUUAAUGUCAAGAUGGUUAGAAUCCUUCGAUCAUCAGUAGCCCAUAGUCGUCUUGCCAUAAUUAAUGCGCCAUAAAGACGAGACGAGACGAAACGUCGCAAGUGUGUGUAAAUAGAAAGGUGUAAAAGACAAUUUUUCGAUAACGAUCGAUCUCGUCCGAUCGAUCGAAAUUAUGUGUAUAUAGACGAAUACAAGGACGAUAAAGCUAGUGCCAAACGUCGUAAUACUUAAGAAGAGAGAGAAAGAGAGAGAGACAGUGUAAACUAAAAAAAACACACAAGACGUAUUCAAAAAGUCGUAUCUUAGGUCGUUGUUCUAUGAACGAGCAGUAUUCCUUUCGUCAAUCGAUGUAUCGAAAAUAUACCGGCGAUUUAAAUUAUUAUGGACGAUACUUAUAAAACUAUAUUUUGCAUCACGACUCUCGGCAAAAGUUUUUCGUUAUAUUGGAUUCUUUAGUUAAAAUUAAUAAAGGAUCUUGUAGUGCGAAAAGUGUACUCGUUCGAGUUUCGUAUUCUGAACAAUAGAGAGAGAGAGAGAGAGAGAGAGAGAGAGAGAGAGAGAAAGAGAGAGAGAGAGAGAGAGGAAGAGAGAGAGAGAAAUAGAAAAAAAUUAGAAAUUUUGAUCUCAAUGAAAAAUUGAAUGUAAAUAGUUGAAAUAUUGUUUCAAACACAGAAGACAUUCGUCGUUUCAUGAAAUAUAAAGAAAAACAAAUUAAACUGUAAGAAACGAUUUAAAGAAAAAAAAAACAAAUGAAUCUUCCGCUUUGAAAUUCGAAGAAAAACAAAAAAUAAAAAGAAAAGAAUAAUUCGUUUUUCGCCGACGGUCGUGUAGUAAAAUAUGUCCCAUACUAAAUGUAAAUAAUCUUGUAAAUAAGAAAUUGUGAUUUUAUUUGUCGUACGAAGACAUAGAAUUGUACGAUCGUCCCGAAGAUUCAGUUCGUGCUUUAACGAUAUAGCGAAAUAAAUUAUAUCGACGCAAUCAACGAUAACGA